AUGACUUCCCACAACCAGCCCAUGCCGCCACCAAUCCGGACAAACACUGUCGAUUCACAAAAGUCACGGUCGUCGUCGGGUCAAACAUCUCCACCCUAUUCUCCAUCAUCACCCACGGCUCGCGCAACAGCUUCGCCGACCGAGGCGUCUUUCUUCGGUGCCAUUUCAGCACGCAUCCGCGGUCGCUCACGGAGUCGCUCUCGUGGAGCCACGUCUCGCAAACGCUCCAAGUCGCCCAUGGUCAUGCCACCCGAGCAAGCACCUUACUCACAAAGACAUGCUUCCGCUACAAGCCCUAUCAGCCCGACACGACCAACUGCAGGACCGGUACAGGGUGACAGACCUAGCAUACAGGCUGCAGGUCGGCGAAGCACAAGCGGAAGCGACCCAUGGAAAGGACGGCAUUCGAACGACUGGCUGUUCAACGGGUACUCGCUGACUGCUUCGGCAAAAGAGCUGGUUCAACGACGGAAGUAA